CAUCCUCCCUCCCUGUCAUGCUCUCGCUGCCUCUCCUUCCCCGCUCACUCGUGGAACCACAGAGGCAGGAGCCGCUCUGGCUGGAGAGCACUGAGCGUGGCGCUGGGUUUUGACGAGGAUGUCCUUUUGAGGCUGAUCGGAGUUGUUUGGUGCAGUUUCCUCACUCGGUACCGUACUGUUUUUGUUCUGAGAAUGAAGAAGUGAAUCAUCUGUGAUUGCAGUCAUGGCUGUCCAGACUGGCAUCCAGGUGUGGUUCGGUGAGAGGUUCGAUGCCCCGUUGCUGAGCCCCAGGAGCCCUCGCAGCCCACUAGCGCAGCGGCACGGCCCCGGCCUCGCAGACGUCUUCCAGUAUGACCAGUGGCUUGCAGUGCGACAUGAGGCCACCCUGGUACCUAUGCAGGAGGACCUGGCCAUCUGGCUCACCGGCAUGCUGGGAGAGGAGGUGAGAGCAGAGUUUUUCAUGGAGGAGCUGAAUAACGGCGUGAAGCUGUGCCAGCUUAUCGGUGUGCUGCAGACUAAGAUCGCCCAGAGCUGCCCCUCCGCACUCUGCAAGCUGUUUCCCACGAGGAAGGUUGCAUGUAAGCGGGACGCUUCUCCCGGUUCCUUCUUCGCUCGCGACAACACCGCCAACUUCCUGGCCUGGUGUCGCCACAUCGGUGUGGAGGAGACCUACCUGUUUGAGUCAGAGGGCCUCGUGCUGCACAAGGAGCCUCGGCAGGUUUGUCUGUGUCUGCUGGAGAUCGGCCGCAUCGUCUCCAAGUACGGCGUGGAACCUCCUGUACUGGUGAAGCUGGAGAAGGAGAUUGAGUUGGAGGAGACUCUGCUGAUGACAGAGGAGCCGCCUGCGGCCGUCAAAACCUUCACUGUGUGCUGUCAGCAUGGCGGCCUCUACCAGCCGGGGGAGCACGGCAUGGAUGACCCGCCCUGCAACUGCUCCAACAGGGUCUCCAUUGAGUACCUGUCUGAGGGACGCUACAGACUGGGAGACAAGACCCUCUUUAUUCGGAUGCUUCACGGUAAACAUGUGAUGGUGCGCGUCGGGGGCGGCUGGGACACGCUGCGCGGCUUCCUGAUGAAAUACGACCCUCUGCGGGUUCUGCAGUUCACCACCCUGGAGCAGAAGAUCCUGGCCUUCCAGAAAGGCCCUCCCGGCCUGGGAGGUCACCAUGGCAAUGCAGCUCCACCCCCACCUCCUGACAUGGACCCCCUCGCCGCUGUCAACAACCUCAUCUCCUCCUCGUCCUCCUCUUCUUCCUCCACCUCAUCAUCUUCAUCUUCCUCCGGCUUGGCCUGUAAGCCGGUUGUGACCGCCGCAGGUCAGACGUGUCGGUCCUACACCCCCUCCCCGGCCUGCACGCCCACGUUGCCCAGAAAAGGUUCCGCCUCUGCACCCAAGAAGAACCUCCAGGGGACACCUUCUUCGCCCAGGAAGCCCACCCAGCUGCCCCUGCCCAUCACCACCAAAGGGUCCUCCUCUCUGCCCUCCACACCUGUGGGAAGUUCCUCCAAACAGUCUCCCAGCCCGGGGGGUCAGGGUGUGCAGGUCCAUCGCAGAGCUCUGACUCCAUCCUCAUCUCCAUCACCCACACAUGCAGAUCCAAGCCCCGCCUCCAAACUGAAGCUCAGACCGUCACCACGCGGUCCCACAUCUCAGCCCAGGAGCCCCGUCUGCCCCGAACCGUCUUCCAAAUGCCCCAAACCCUCCAGCCCCUGCACCUCCCCCACCACAGCCUCUGUGCCUCGCCCAGUCACUGCACCAGUACGGGCAGCCACCCCUAAAGACGCCCGGCCACCAACGGGCGCCAGCCAGCGCUCUCGCCUUGCACAGCGCCGUCCCGGCUCCCCAGCCUCACGCCUCCGUCUAGAGGCGACCAGGCGGAUCCGGACGGCCACAAAAGCUGCAGCGACGCCAACGCCGAGAGGAGCGACGACAACGGCCCAAACCUGGACCCCCAGCUCACGGACAGCCUCCCCGGUGCUGCCAAAACCCGCCUGCUCCCUGCCGAAGAGCAAAGAGGUCACAGCCAAAGCCAAGGGGCCGGCCCCGACCAAGGUGGCGGCUGCUGCCCCUUCGCGCGGUACUGCCGCGGUCCCCGGGCGGGUCCCUGGGCGGGUCCCGGGGGGCAACACAGGCCUUUCUCCCGCCAGCAGAGCCAAUCAGAAAACACCAGCCACAGCACAGAGGGCGGGGCGGAAGCAAGCAGCCACCACUAACCCCAUAAACGGAAAGUCCAGUCAAAAACCUGAAGCGACUCCAGGACAAGCCCUGGCCCCGCAGAAAACCAGCCCCAACAUCAAAGCUGUUAAGACCGAGCCCUGCAAGAAGAUCCCACAAUGCAACAGCAAAAGUGGGGACCCGUAUUUUGAAAUGAACUGUAGGAGGAGGCAGAAGACGUAACGGGGCGGUCUCUGAGGACUUCGCCAAAGCCAGCAGGCUGCUCACACACGGCUUCUAUCACAAACCAACACUUGUUGGAGCUCAGAAUCAUGUGACUAAUCUUCAUCAGGCUUCUCAUUUCUGGCCAUUUGUUUGUCUUCAGAUUACUUUUUGUUUGUUGGUUUUUGUAUGUUAUUUAAUAGUCUUUUUAUUUUAUUUUUUUAAUCCCAAAGGGUCAAAGAUGUCCCGCUCUGUAUGUGUGGUCUUUGUUCCGAUUCAAUGGUCUGUUUGAGAGGUCAGCUCCAUGUUCCUGGUCAACACUAAAACUUGCACAAUGUUUACAUUUUCACCUUCGUUACACGUACAGCCGUUACAAAAUCAUUUGUGUCAACUGACUUUUAAAGAACAAAGGAUAGAAUUUAGGAGAAAAAACGCGUUCAAACAAUAACCUCAAAGCUUUUUUUAGGUCAACAUAAGAUUUAAGGACAUAGCCAUGACUUAAUAAAACGCACUUAUGUGAACAUUUGCAGGAAAAGGAUUCGGUUGGUAUUCAUGGCGAAGCAGCUUGUGAAGCCUGUACAGGCGACCAGAGCUGUGACACUUCUGGAGUUCAGUGACAUAACUGGAACACAAAUCAUGGUUUCUGAUGUAUUUUCCUCCCCAGUGAGAUCAUACCUUCCACUGGUGGACAGUUGUGUCUGAUUUUUGUAUAAAUGAUAUCUAGGUGGGAGGUUCGUGUCCGUGGCGCCGGACAAAGCGCCAGCAGGAACGGACCUUCCUGUUGCGUGCCUUCAUUGGAAACUUCUCGUUUCUGAGCGGCAUUAGAAUGUAUUAGAUGAUCGGGGGUGGCGGGGUGGGUUUAACGGUUUUUACUGAUGAAAAUUGCACAGUGUGUACGAGCACUCAUGACUUUGGUUUCUCAGAGGAAAGCCCGAGUCGCAGAUGAACUACUGAUCAAACGCCUCUUUUUUUUUUUUUUUAAACACUCGAGGCCCUGCAGCGGCCAGAAUCAUUUAGAACAGAAUCUACUUGGUAUAGACAUUGUUUUUAUAUGGUUUCUAAUGUUUGUGUGUAUUAAGAAUCUAGUUUUCUAUGUGGUGUUUGUGUAUAUGUGUGUGUGCGUGUGUGUGUAUACAGUAUAUAUAUUAUAAGUGAGGCUUUUUUCUUGUUUGGCACUUUACAGAAACCGCCGUGUUUGUCAGAAUUUGAAUGUUGAUUCUGUUGAUUGUGUCUCUUGUUCCAGCUACCUUUUUGUCAUUUUGAUUAAUAAAUGGACAAGUGUUUUAAAAGGUUA